AUGUCUGACGCAGAAAAAUACGAUGCAAUUUUGAUGAACGUUGCUUCACAGCAUACAGGCGGCAUUCAGGAACUACUUGAUACACUUUUUGGUUUUUUCGCCCGGAAAACCGAUUUAUAUACAAGCCCAAAUGUUACAGAUAAGCCUGAAGAUUUAAUUUUAAAAGCAUUUCGUAAAUGGGAAAAAGUUGCAGUGGAAAAACAUAAGAAAGACAAAGCCGAACGAGAUGAAACUGAUCGUAUUCGACGUGACAAAUUACGUCGUAAACGUGAAGAAGAAGACGCUGCAAAAAACGAAUCAUCACGAAUUGUUGAAGUUACAGAUGAAGAAGCAGAAAAAAUUAAACAAGAAAGUGCUCAAGCUAAAGCACAAAAAUUAGCCACAGAUGAUGAAACUCCAGUUGAAAAACAAAGCGAACCAGCAACUACUACUGAAUCGUCAGGUGAUAAUGAUGAAACUAACAAGGAUGCUAAGAAAGAAGAUGAAGAUGAAAAUGAAGAAGAUAAAGGUAAAGAAAAACCAAAUAAAGGUAACGGAUGGGAUGGCCCUGAGUAUUCGUGGACGCAAACACUUGAAGAAAUCGAUCUACGUGUUCCAAUUAAACUGAAUAUUCGUGUAAAAUCGAAAGAUAUUAUCGUCAAAUUUGAACGCAAGCAUUUAUAUGUGGGUCUUCGUGGUCAUCCACCAAUUAUUGACGGAGAAACAUUUGCCGAAUUGAAAAAAGAAGAAUCUAUGUGGACGCUUGAUGAUGGAAAAGCUAUUCAUAUUGUUAUUGAAAAAAUUAAUAAAAUGGAAUGGUGGAGUCGUGUAGUAAAAACAGAUCCUGAAAUUAAUACACGCAAAGUUCAACCCGAAAAUUCUAAAUUGUCGGACUUGGAUGGCGAAACACGAAGUAUGGUUGAAAAGAUGAUGUAUGAUCAACAUCGACGUGAAGCUGGUUUACCUACCUCUGAUGAACAAAAGAAACAAGAUAUGCUGAAAAAAUUUAUGGAAGCUCAUCCAGAAAUGGAUUUUACUAAAUGCAAAUUCAAUUGA